AUGGUGACUGGUGGUGAGAGCAAGAACGCGAAGAUCAAUGGCGAGGAGGAGAAGGAGAAGAAGAUCAUUCGAAUUCAGGUUUCCAAGACCAAGAAACCACUUUUCUUCUACCUCAACCUCGCCAAGAAGUAUAUAAAGCAGGACAAUGACGUUGAACUAUGUGCAUUGGGCAUGGCUAUUCCAACUGUUGUAAUCAUCUCUGAAAUUUUGAAAAGCAGUGGGUGGGAGAUUAAGAAAAAUAUGAUAACAUCCACUAUUGGUGCUAAGGAAGACAAGGAAGGUCGGGGGAUUCCGAAGGCUAAGCUUGAGAUUCUACUGGGAAAGGUUAGGAAAAUGGACCAAAGUACUGUUGCUGCAACAUGUGAGAAAAGUGCUGACAAUAAGGCAUCGCAGUAA